GCGGGGGCGGUGGCCGGGCGCGCGGUGCUGCGAUGGCCAGGGAGAUGCUGCCGCGGCCGCACGACAUGUCCAAGCUGCUGAGGACGCCCCAGUACGCGGCGGCGGCCAUGCGCUCGCCGGACGCGCUGCUCGACAUCUGCGCCAGGAAUGUCGCCGAAAAUGUGCCCUUCCAGCGCAUCGAGGAGCGAUACGACCGCAUUCCGGAGCCAGUGCAGCGGCGCGUCAUCUUCUGGUCGUUCCCCCGCAACGAGCACGACAUCUUCAUGUACUCUUCGCUAUCGAAGGUGCCGUCGACGAGCAGCGACUACCAGAGCCUGCCGUUCCACAAGGGGGUGCGCUUGCUGGAGACGGGCUGCGUGGAGAGCGUGCUCCAAGUUGGUAAGUGGCGCCCGGCGGGCUCGAGUGGCACGGCAUUGACCUCAUGUGACCUCUGUGGCGGGAGGGGCGACGGCCAUGGCUGCUGA